AUGCCAGUAAAUUUACUGGCAUUGUCAAUACUCAAUCUUGUUAUUGCUAAAUGCAAUUGUGGCACUGAUGAAUUUACUGUGGCAAUAUUUUGGAUAGUGAAAACAGUUGUUUUACUGCUAGCAACGGAAUUGGUAUAUCGAGUUUUCGUCAAGAAGUUUCCUGUUAGUUACAUGGGAUCAUUCAAUGCAGCAGCAAGUAAUAUGUUAUAUCAGGCAUUGUUGUUUUCAAUAACCAUGAUAUUUCUAAUGGCACCUGGCCUUCGUGCUGUCUGGGACGCAGCCGAUAUGGAUCGCCAUUGUAAUUAUACAAUGCAAGCUUGUCAUUUUUUCAAUAUGUUAGCACCGGAUUUUCAUGAAGGCGAUGUUUGUGAGAUACAUCAUAUUGAAUAUUUAAGUGGUAGGGAAGAAUUCAGGAUAUUAAGAAAUCUCAUGCUGUUGAACAUUGUAUCUUAUUCGAUUUAUAGUGAACCCUUAUUAGAAAUUGAUCAUAAAAAAGGUAAACUAUAUUAUGCAGUUAAAAUUCUAACUAUGUUAGUAUUUAUUGUGUCGUCUGUGGCCGUACCGAUCAUUUUCGUUGAUCCAUUUAAGUACCCUACUUCUUUCAAAACAGUUUUUAAUAUUAUUGAAGCUGUCAUUGUUGGUAUCAGCAUAGGUUUUCUCAUUUAUAAUCUUUGGCUAAAGCGGAUAAACGAUCAGCAGGAAGAAGAACCAAUGAAAACAGAACUUCAUAUUUUUCCACGCCAUUGA